UGGACCCUGGUCAACGCGUCGCGAGCUGUCACCCAUUUGCUCACCACCAAAUCGGUGACAGCUCGCGAACCGGUCACCAGAGCUACGACGGGCAUCUGGCUCCCCAGAAAUGCUUCUCGAGCAUCUCAAUCCUUGGUAUCGCCCCGCAUCAGAAUUCGAGCCAACCCCCUUUAUCGCCCUCUUCUUCCGAGCUCCUGUCAAGCUACUCCUCUGCCAUGCAUACCACCUUCUCAUAUGUCUGCGCUCAACCCCGAAGCCUCUACAACAUCCAUCCAUUCGAGUCGUUUGCAUCUCUGAUACGCACAAUUUGAUACCGGAAGAUGUACCGGAAGGCGAUCUGCUCAUCCACGCUGGGGACAUGACCAAUGACGGAAGUGUGGCAGAAAUACAGAAACAAAUAGACUGGCUGAGCUCGCUCCCGCAUAGAGAGAUUGUAGUGAUCAGUGGGAACCAUGAUACUUUUCUGGAUCCAAGGACACGGCCUUCGCUGUCCGAACAGCACAGGACUGGAAGGCUCAAUUGGAAGAGGGUACACUACCUGCAGCACCGACGGUUGAGCCUAACGAUCAAGGUUGAGCCUAGAGAUGGCGAUCAGAUGGAAGUUACCACACCCUUGCUUGCAGCGGAGCCAGGUCAGAGGAGGAUACGAAUCUACGGCGCACCGCAUAUACCAGCGUGUGGAGACAUGAACGUGCAUGCCUUCCAGUAUGAGAGGGGUCGAGACGCCUGGUCAGAAACUGUGCCUGAAGACAUCGAUAUAUUGGUCACACACACACCGCCGAAAUACCAUUUGGAUCUAUCAUUACCGACAGGGAUCGGCUGCGAGCACCUCCUUGCUGAGGUCAGGCGCGUGAAGCCCACACUACACGUCUUCGGCCAUGUGCAUUGGGGCGCAGGGCAAACCGUAGUAUGGUGGGACAAAGCUCACGAUGCAUAUGUGCGAGGGCUUUCAAUCAAGUCCAAGUGGACGCGGGGUAUUCUGAAUUCAAAGCUUUGGUGGAAUGUGGUCAGGGUCGCCUACCGUGGCACAAGAGAGCUGCUCUGGGAUCGCGUGUGGGGUGGGCAGAGUCCAAACACUAUCAUGGUCAAUGCAGCUCAGACGCGUGGAAAUACAGGCAAGUUGGGCAAUUCUAUCCAAGUCGUCGACAUUUGAUAUCGUCCAUCACAUAAUACCCAAAGCAGUCGUAAUCGUAAUGUGUAAACCUCAUAAUCAACACAGCAGUAAGCACUUGAUUGUCGGGAACUCUUUUCGAACUAAAAAGGGUUCUGUUGAUUUAGCUUGACUACCUCGCAGGAGAAGCCAAGUACAACAAGGAGACCAGGCGAUUCGCCGUUCCCCGCGACUUUAUUUGAUUGUGGUCAUGAAACCAUAAAUCGUGCAUACCAUGCCAUGCCAUAUUCCACCACUGAGCCAAUGAUUUGCGCACAUG